AUGAGCAGUAAUGGCUGGGGAAGGGGGCAAGUACAUCCUUUUGUUCUCAGUUCGUGGGAAUUGCUUCCAUCACUAACCAGUUCAGCUCGGCUAGUGGGCUUUUGUGUUCGAACCUCGAAUCCGGACCUGUUCGACAAGACCAGAUCCAUCAACAAACCUAGGUCCAAUAUUUUCUUGUACGAGCUAGCCAUCAACAGAUGGACAUCCUUUUACCGCAGUCUUCCCCUAUUGGGCAUAGCCUUUUCUCCGUUAGGCUCCUGUAAGGGCGGGUAUGAGAGAAGGGUCCCCCUCUCCCUUGUCAAAGCUUAG